CUUGAGUUAGGAUUAGUUUCACCAACAUGGUAUUUAUUUAUUUUUCCUCCUUUAAGUGUAUAUACAGAUAGUAUUAGGUAUAGUGCAGUGUGUGCUGCUGAAUCAAUAACAUGUUGAGGCAGUUACUCGGGGUUAAAAUAACAGUGAACUGCUGCUUAAGCAAAGUCACAUCCUGUACGUCCUUUGUUUUGCUCCCUCGUCCCUCGCUGCGCGCAGUCUCCAGUGUUUACGGUAUUGAGCAACCGCUGUUUCUCAGCUGAUAUGACAUCCAUCCCCCUGCAGCCUGCUGCAUCAGACUGCCGGGCUACAGCCCACCACCUCAGUUCACCAUUAGCAGGGCAGCGUCAGUGAUCCAACCUAAAGGAUGUUAGACAACGAAGAGUUCAUGCUGGAGAACUCCCCGCGGGAGCUCACCCAGAACCCGCUGAAGAAGAUCUGGAUGCCGUGCCGGAACGCGCACAUUGCGCAGAGACGCGUGUGCAUGACAAACUGCCCGACCCUGAUUGUGACGGUUGGACUUCCUGCUCGAGGGAAGACCUACAUCUCAAAGAAGCUCACACGCUACUUGAACUGGAUAGGUGUGCCAACUAAAGAGUUCAACGUUGGCCAGUACCGGAGGGGGUGUCUGAAGAUCUACAAGUCCUUUGAGUUCUUCCGGCCAGAUAACGAGGAGGGGUUAAAAAUCAGACGUCAGUGUGCGUUAGCAGCACUGAAUGACGUCCGGCAGUACCUGAGUGUCGAAGGAGGACAGGUGGCGGUGUUUGAUGCAACAAAUACAACAAGAGAACGAAGAGGGACCAUCGUCAAGUUUGCUGAGCAGAAUGGGUUCAAGGUGUUCUUUGUGGAGUCUGUGUGUGAAGACCCAGAUGUCAUUGCACAAAAUAUAGUGCAAGUUAAGUUGGACAGCCCAGACUACAUACACUGCAACACAGAGGAGGCCAUCGAGGACUUUAUGAAGAGGAUCAAGUGUUACGAGUCGUCCUACCAGCCUCUGGACGAAGUUCUGGACAGGGAUCUCUCCUACAUUAAGAUCAUUGACGUGGGCUGUCGUUACCUGGUGAACCGCGUCCUUGACCACGUCCAAAGCAGGAUCGUCUACUACCUGAUGAACAUCCACAUCACGCCACGCUCCAUCUACCUGUGCCGCCACGGGGAGAGCGACCUGAACAUCAAGGGGCGGAUCGGAGGAGACUCUGCCCUGUCUCCCAGAGGAAAAGAGUAUGCCAAAUGUCUGAGGAAAUUCAUCCAGGAACAGAACAUCAAAGAUCUAAAAGUGUGGACGAGUCAGAUGAAGAGGACAAUCCAGACAGCGGAGAGCCUGGGCGUACCGUACGAACAGUGGAAGUCUCUCAACGAAAUAGAUGCUGGUGUGUGUGAGGAAAUGAUGUAUGAGGAGAUCCAGGAGCAUUUCCCUCUGGAGUUUGCUCUGAGAGACCAAGACAAGUACCGCUACCGCUAUCCUAAAGGAGAGUCGUAUGAAGACCUGGUGCAACGCCUGGAGCCUGUGAUCAUGGAGCUGGAGAGGCAGGAGAACGUUCUGGUUGUGUGUCACCAGGCCGUCAUGCGUUGUCUUCUUGCGUAUUUCCUGGACAAGACUGCAGAUGAGUUGCCUUAUCUCAAGUGCCCUUUGCACACAGUGUUGAAGUUGACCCCAAUGGCCUACGGAUGUAAAGUGGAGUCUGUGUAUUUAGGCGUGGACUCUGUCAACACACACAGAGACAGACCCGAGGUAGGUAUCACAGGCAGCUCUCAGAAAUGUCUGUCAGCAGAAGACGUAGACAACUUGAAUCCCCUUCAGGUGUGACUCGCAUCACUGCGCUUUCCACACUGCACAUCGGUGACCAGGGACGCAGCAAACACUUCACCUGUGAACGCUGUGUGUGACUCUCAUCAUUAAUGGGGAGGCACAUUGUAUGUGUUCCAUCAUUUUAGUCUGCAUCUCCCCCUGAAGUAGUCGGUGCUGAACAUCCUCUCUCCUAUUACUGCUCUGAGAAUGUACAUCCUUCACACAUGGCAGGGGAAACCAUGUCCCUGUGCACCGGUGUUUCCUGACAGCACUACAACUGUGACACAAAAUUACCAUUGCCACUCCUACCUCCAUCCUGCCAGCAAUGACCUUUUUUCAUCUCAUGUUUGUCUUUUGUGAUGCUUAUUUUUUCUAAUGUCUUUUUCUGUAUUAGCCAAAGGAGGCCAAUGCACUGCUGCUUAAGAAAAUGCAGAAAAUAAGAGAAAACGCUGCAAGUACAACCAAAUACAGAAACUGUCAAUCACAUAGAACACAGUUACAUUCGCUUAAUAGAAAGACUCUUUAGAAUUGAAUGUUAAAAUAGUAAUCAGCAGACAUCUUAAAUAAUAUUAAAGUCAUAUAUUCAGAAUGUAAGAACAAAACGUCUUAUUUUCCAACCACACUGACUUCACAAGUAGCGUGUCGUGUUCUUCUGUUGUGCUCUGACUAACGGCAUGUCUGUUUUUGGUUAUGCUUUCUCACUUUGGCGCACUUUCUAUUAAAUGCUGCAAAUGUGGGGUCAAACUGGUGAAGAUCUUUCCUCCAUGCCUUCAUUUUCUCCCUCGUGUCAGUGUGUUGAGUUCUCAGGGCAUACAUAUUUUUUUUUACAUCUUAGUACAUAACUGGAAUCCAGUUUCAGGAUGAAUCCCUCAGCUGUGUGUAUUUGUGCGUCUAUAUUUGUGAGGACCAGAUUGACUCGAACCUCUAGAGUGAGGACAUAUUUUAGACUUUUGGUGGGGUUGAGGACUUUUAGAAUAAGGUUCAAGCACCUGUUAGGGGCGGGGUGGGGCUAGGGAAUAAGCUUCCUCACAAGUAUAGAAGGACAAAGGGUGUAGAGAACCUGACCUACAUAUCAUUUUAGAAUGUCUUAGAAUACAAUGUUGAAUUUCACGGUGUUUUCAUUGAAUGUUUGCCAGAUUGCAUUAAAGCCUGUUUUUUGUACACUUAAACAUUUCCCCUUUACAUCAUUAUUUUCUGCACAUGAAGUGACGCACGAUAUUAUUUUAAUUCCAGUAAUUAUUUUCUUACUUUGUGUCUGUUGUUUACUGCUACUUAAAUGUGAAGGGUUAAUCUGCAAUGCCGACCAAAAUGAAACGCUAAACUUAAAUAAAGGUAAUUAACUAUAAAAUCAAAACUUAAUAUAGUUCCAACCAUUUAUUUGAGAACGCACAUGCUUAAAUUAUUUUUCAUGAAAUGUAACUUUUUGUUUUGUUUGUGAAGAUUAUUGUAAAUAUAAAAACCUAAAAUGGAAAAAACA